GAUGUAUGGAAUUCAACUUCCAGAAUUCAUCCAAAAAGAUGAACUGAACAAAUUGUAUGCUGCUCUCUAGUGGCAACAGUAGGUUGUAUAAAAGAAAGGAAAUAGAUCAACUGUUGGAUUUCAUAUUUUGAAAAAUAAAGACUUGCUUAUCUUCUACAUCUGCCUUUGUCCCAACAUCACUAAAAAUAAUUGAAACCUGCAUAGCUCGUAGAAGAAUUUAAUCCAGUCCAAUCAACAAUCUCUUCCAACACUGAUGACAUGCCAGCUUUUUAAACUUCUGCUCCUUCUCUGCUUUUCCUGAUAUUCAGGGUGGUGCAUAGUUCUGGAGAAACCAUAAGCUUGUUUGCUAUUUUAUGACUUUUUAGUUGGCCCUUACUUUAUAAAAGUAUUACAUUACUGUAGUUUUUGGGUAUUUUCUUAUGGGCUUUGCACCGUGAUCUUAGUUUUUAGUUUAAGAUUUGUGGAUUGAAAAAAAAAAACUGAAGCUAAUUAGUCUAUCAAUAGUAGAGUAAUGUAAUAAACUGUUAAAAUGCAAAAGGCUACUUAAUGACAUUCUAUUAUUGUUCUCCUCCACAGAGUUCAGGGCAGAAUAGAAUGUAUUCAUUCCUCACAAGAUUUUUGUCAGUUGAGGACCAGUGGCAUGUUGGAGAUCCUAAGUGCUACAUGAUGUCUGUCAACCUGCUGAGUUUAAUGAGUUGAAGAAACUAUUGGAGGAUUGGUUUGAUCAAUAUUUGCCUGUUAAGCACUUCAGAACUUUAAAGAAGAUGUCAACAACUCUUUCAGUGCUGCAGGAGGAACUGGUGUCUGUUGACAAUGAACUGCAGGCAUUGGAAAUCCAGAUUCAAGAUCUUCUUGAACAUCAGCAGCAACUUAUUCAAAAGAAGACCAUCUUGAAGAAGAAAAUAACACAGUUUUCUGGCACAGAAAGUGGGAGUAGCAAAGAUACUGAAUCAACAGCUGAGGACUGGAACAAAGAAGACUUUCCAUGGUCCACAAAGAUUAAGGAUGUGUUACAAAAGAACUUUGGCCUCCAGAAAUUUAGGCUCUUGCAAUUGGAGACAAUUAAUGCAACAAUGGCAGGAAGAGAUGUAUUCCUUGUCAUGCCCACUGGAGGGGGAAAGAGUCUGUGUUAUCAGUUGCCAGCAGAAUGUUCUCAGGGCUUCACACUUGUGAUCUGUCCUCUCAUCUCCCUUAUGGAGGAUCAGCUAAUGAUGUUAGACCAGCUGGGUAUAUCAGCAACUUUACUAAAUGCUUCCAGCAGCAAGGAACAUGUAAAGUGGGUUCAUGCCGAAAUGCUGUCUCGGAACUCCCAGCUAAAGCUUAUUUAUGUGACGCCAGAGAAGAUAGCGAAAAGCAAGAUGUUUAUGUCAAAGCUAGAAAAAGCUUACCAAGGAGGACAUCUGACCCGGAUUGCCGUGGAUGAAGUCCAUUGCUGUAGCCAGUGGGGGCAUGACUUCAGACCUGAUUACAAAUUGCUUGGGAUCUUAAAACGGCAAUUUCCCAAUGCUCCAUUGAUUGGAUUGACUGCGACUGCAACAGGACAUGUGCUACGUGAUGCACAGAACAUCCUUUGCGUGCAAAAGUGCAUCACCUUCACAGCAUCCUUCAACCGGCCCAAUCUUUAUUAUGAGGUUCGUCAGAAGCCAUCAUCUGCUCAGAAUUGCAUUGAGGAUAUUGUGAAACUCAUCAGUGGAAGAUACAAAGGCCUUUCAGGAAUUAUCUACUGCUUUUCCCAGAAAGAUGCUGAACAAGUUACUAUGAAUUUACACAAGUUGGGGAUUAAAGCAGGUACUUACCACGCCAAUAUGGAGCCCAAAGAUAAGAGCAGAGUUCACAAGCGGUGGUGUGCCAACGAAAUCCAGGUUGUUGUGGCCACUGUUGCCUUUGGUAUGGGAAUCGAUAAGCCAGAUGUGAGGUUCGUAAUACAUCAUUCAAUGAGUAAAUCCAUGGAAAAUUACUACCAGGAGAGCGGGCGUGCAGGUCGGGAUGACCAGAGAGCUGAUUGCAUCUUAUAUUAUGGCUUUGGAGACAUAUUCAGAAUCAGCACUAUGGUGGUGAUGGAAAAUGUGGGGCAACGGAAACUGUAUGACAUGGUUUCCUACUGUCACGAUAUGAGAAGGUGCCGCCGAGUCCAGAUUGCUCAUCACUUUGAUGAGGCCUGGGAUUCUGCCAAUUGUAAUAAAAUGUGUGAUAACUGCUGCCAAGAAGAGUCAUUUGAGAAGAUGGAUGUGACGGGGCAUUGCAGGGAUCUCAUCAAGAUUUUAAAGCAAGUGGACCAAAUGAGGGAGAAAUUCACUCCUCUGAAAUUGAUCGAUGCUUGGCUAGGGAAAGGUCUGUCAAAACUGGGAUUAGAGAUUGCUGCUCCCAAACUUCCCCGUGAUGUAUUAGAGAGAAUCAUUGCCCAUUUGAUUCUGCAACAAUAUCUGAAGGAAGACUUCAGUUUUACAGCCUUUGCUACAAUAUCCUAUGUGAAAAUAGGACCCAGAGCGGAUCUUCUGAAAGAUAAGGCUCAUGUUAUCACUAUGCAGCUGAUACUGAGCAAAAAUAAAACUGCUAAGGUGAAAAGCUCUCCGUUAUCCAGUCCGAGGACCCCAGGAAAGAAAAUGAAGGUUACAUCCCAAAAACAGGAAGGUGACCCUCCUUCAAAGGAUCAUAUUAAAGCAAAAAAGGUCAAACUUAUGGCUCAUGAAGAAGAUGAGCCUGUGAUCAUAGAAGAUUAAAAAGUGGGGUUUUUGGACAACCUGCACAUCUUUGCACGUGGGGAAGACAGGCCAGAGAGUCAGGAAGAUGAGGUUGGAGAAAGCAGCUAGGCCACCCAAAGCUGGCUGCUCACAGCUGCUACUACCUGUUUACAAAGUCAUUUUGGCAAAAGAAAAUGCUUUUCUAGCUUUUUUUUUAAACAAACAAAAACAAUACAAGGUUUUAAAAAUACAGAUAUAAAACAUGAGGUAAUAGACCUGGAGGUUUUGAGGCAAGUACUAGAGUCUUGGGAUACAGGAAAGGAAGUGUAACUUAAAAAAAGGCACGGCUUUCCGUGUAUAAAAUAUUCCAAUUUGCUGCUGAAAUAAAAAUGCCUUGAAAUGAAGCUCAAACCUUGAUGAAAAUGUUCAUGAGUAACUUCUCUUUGAUAACUCCGGUGCGCAGUUUAUUUUGAUGGAAGUGUCUAAUUUCAAAAGUAAUUCCUGGAAGUCAAGUGAUCCAGUGAUUGGCCAUAAAAAUCCACUUCUGGAAUAAAUAUUCAACAGGGAACUCAGUACAGAGUGCUUCUGAUAGUGUGUUUACUCUACCCACCAUCACUAAAAGACACAUCUGAGUGGAUUUAUGUAGAAUGAAGUUUCCAGUUCCAAAUAUCAAGUGAAACUGAUCCAGUAUUUUUUUAAAUGGAGAAGAAUACUUGAAGGCUUUGGGUUCUAUUACUUAAAGAGGCCCUUCCUUCAUCUGUAUAAAACAUCUAUGAAUAUAGAACACAGUUCCAUUAGUAUUAUGUUUCCACUUUUUAAAAUCAUCAUAAUCAAAGGAUCAUGUUGAUGUUGUCUUGAAGAUGUGACUGGUAUUGUGCAAGCAUUCAGGCUUCCUGAUUAUAUUACAAAACGAUUCACUCUUGAUAAGUGGGAAUGAAAACUUUGAGCUCAAGGUAGCCCUUUGUUUUUUUUUUUAAAUUCAGCUAGUUGAUGGGGUUCUUAUAUGAAGAAGACACCUCCAGGAUUUAGAACAUGCCUUGCUUUCUACAUAAUAGAAAUAAUAUUUCAAAGUAAAUGUUUAUUAUCAAAUUGGAGCAGUUUCUGAACCCUAGUCACCCUAAUAGUAUCUGUAAAAGGUUUUAAUUAUGGCUUAUGUCUUAACACAUGUCAAUUAAAACCUUUACAUAGUCUAGUGUAUUUUCUCUUGAAUUUUAAAAAACUACAAUGUAUUGUAUUAUCACAUUAAAGGCAUUGUCCCCAGAAUAUCGAGAAGCUGCCUUGAAAUUCUGAAGAUUGUCCUGAAUGUUUAAAAGGAAAAUGUGAUUUUCCUUGAGGUUUUGCAGAAAAGAGUUAGAACAUAAUGGGUGCCUAGUGAAGGGCCUUCACUCAUAUCCAUUCUUUAUAGAAAACUCUUUUAAGUAUGUGAGGAUGGAUUGUAAUAGUUUAGGCCUGUAUAAAAACAGACUGGAUCCCCACAUUGCACUAAGCUUGGCCAUGAUUUUGUACAAUGUGAAUGAGGUUACAGUCUUGAGCAAAUGUUGCUCCUCAGGGUAUCAUUUGCUAGUCUAGAGGAGUGUUUCUCAACUUUAGCAACUUUAAGAUAUGUAGACUUCAGCUCCCAAAAUUCAUGGCUGGCUGGGGAAUCCUGGCAAUUGAAAUCCACACAUCUUAAAGUUGCCAAGGUUGAAAAACACGGGUCUAGAGGAAGGCGUGUCAAAUUCUAGUGAUCUUCCUAACUUGUUCCCGCUAUUCUGAUCUUCUGUUUCAUGCAGCCUGCUUCUCCAGCUUGGUACCUGGGGGCAUUAGCAUCCUGCCGUCAUAUUCUUUAGGUCAGUAUUUUUCCUUGGCUUGAAAAGAAUAAUUUUUUAAUAAUUAAGAAAGCCAGGAAGCUAGCAUGCUGAAAGUCACCUGCCUCAAGCAUAACCUGUAUUUUCAGGAGAACCUCUGAAGCCCACAGGUAUUUCAGAUCUGGGGAUGUUAUCACUGGCCACAAUUUUGUAAGUGGGCCAGUAACAUGCUCUCCAUAUUUCAAAAAUUCCCCUUGGCCAAAAGGCUUAGGGACUCCUGUUCUACAGCUGUCCUUUGUCUUCCAUAUUAUUUCCAGCUCAGAAGAAUGAAAACCUUUUCAGAUGAUCUCCACCAGAAGGCUUUUCUCACGGUCUUUUACAAAUACAAAUCACUGUUAUAAAUUAGGGUUCCUAAUGUUUUGGGGCCAACAGGCACAUUUGAAAUUCAAAGAAUAAAUCUGAAUUUUUUUUCACAGAGCACCAAUUUGCAAUAAAGCAAACUGCUGAAUAUUAAAUCCCCUACUCUCAAUUCCCUCUUCGUACGGAGGGGGGAGUAAGUGGACAUAUUUUUAAUACUGCUGUCAUACAAUCCUCCUCCAAUUUUACCUGCUAAAUUGCCUGUGGGAUGGUCUUUAUGUUUGGAAAUAAACUUAAUGCAGCAGAUUGGGCUUUCAGAGCAUUCAAUCUAAUUCCUUAAAUAAAGUU